CACUGCCUCUCCUGACAUCCUCAUUAGCAAGCUAAGGAAAUACAGACUAGAUGAAGCUGCCCCCUGACACUUGCUUAUGACAAUGAAUAAUAAAUCUCACCGACCCCUGUGUGUGUUAUAGGACUCCACGCUGAUGGGAUGGAGCAGGGGAACGGCACAGAAGUGGUGGAGUUUGUGCUGCUGGGACUAGCGCAGACCCAAGAAGUCCAAUUUUUCCUCUUUAUCUUGUUUCUUAUCUUCUACUCACUGGUUCUCCCAGCUAACAUCCUCAUCAUCCUCACUAUCCAAAGGGACCGCCGCCUGGGCUCCCCCAUGUAUUUCUUCCUGGCCAACCUGGCCUUCCUGGACAUCUGCUACUGCUCCAUCACCCCACCAAGGAUGCUUGUCGACUUCUUUUCCCAACACAAGGCUAUCUCCUACAGAGCCUGUAUGGCCCAGCUCUUUUUCCUCCACUUCUUAGGGGGGGCUGAGAUCUUCCUGCUGAUCUCCAUGGCCUUUGAUAGGUACGUGGCUAUCUGCAAGCCCCUGCACUAUACCACUGUGGUGAACAGGGGGGUCUGCUGGGCCCUGGUGGUGGCUGCCUGGACAGGGGGUUUCACUCACUCCAUCAUCCAGGUCAUCCUUAUCAUCCGUCUCCCCUUCUGCGGUCCCAAUCAGCUGGACAACUUCUUUUGUGAUGUCACCCAGGUGAUCGAGCUGGCUUGCACUGACACCUACCAGCUUGAAUUUGUCAUAUUCAUCAAUAACAGCCUGGUCAUUUUGGUAAGCUUCUUCCUUCUGCUGAUCUCCUAUGGGGCCCUGCUGGUCCGGCUGAGGGCAGGCUCCUCCCUUGGGAAGAGCAAAGCAGCCUCCACCUGUGUCACCCACAUCAUCAUUGUCUUUGUCAUGUUCAGCCCAGCCAUCUACGUCUACUGCCGGCCCUUCUGUAGCUUCCCCAUGGACAAGGUGGUGGCCGUCUUCCACACCGUGGUCUUCCCCCUCGUGAAUCCCAUGAUCUACACGCUAAGGAACAGGGAGAUCCUCAGUGCUAUGAAUAGGCUAAUGCACAAACACAAGCUCUGGAGAGGGAAAUAGAACAGAGAAUAAAACCCUGAAGGGACUGAAAAUAGUUUUGAUGGGGAGGCCAGAUGCCGAUAUGCUUGAUGGCACAGAAAGUCUGUAAUAAAGCUGUAGGAUUUAUGAUCCAGAGCAAGGCAUGCUUUCGCUAGAAAUUAGAGGCAGGCACAGAGCCAGGCCAUCAAAUAGUUCAGAUCGUACAUAUGCAAAUCGUACAUACGCUGGUGCACUAUAUGAGAGCUGCAGGAUGAUACAGAGAAAAGCCGUAGGUACAGUUUCUUAAUACACAGCCGAAUGACAUGAUUAUGAUGGGAGUACAGCAAUAAAAUAUUUGGUGUUCUGCAUGCUCACGUGCACUCGUUGGUAAAAUUGAAGAUAAUUCUGCAAAAAGGAAUGAGUGAUUGUCUAUGUCUUGUUUAGCCAAGAAAAGCUGAAGAGUUGGCAUUGCUCUGUGAGCCUCAUCUAGCUUGUCAGGUUCUGGAAUGGCCAUAGGGCAGUACCUUUCGAGCCAAGUAAUUACCAGCUGUGAAUCUUUCUUUGCAUUAGGGUGCUUGUACAUUUAGAAAUGACUGAUUGCACUUCAACAAAUGACAAAUGAGCCAGCAUGUAUCAAAGUGAAUAGAAUCCAGUACACCUACUAAUGAGACCACAGGGAUGAGUGACUCAUUAACGAGGUUUCUACGGAAAAAAGUGUAAUUGUAGCAUCUAUGGAAUAUUAAUAUCAUCAUCCUUUGAUAUCUAUUCAAUAAUGAUAUACUGUUUUUAAGUGUUUACUGGGUCAUUCUACCUCUUGACAAUCUUGUGGAAAAGUGUAGAGCACUGGCUCUUGGUCUUUUUUAGAUCUAACAAUCCCCUCCUUAGACUCACAGCAUCCGUUGGAAAAUCCCACCUCUUAGUUUUCACUUGCUCUUUGAGUAGGGAAAAGCAAUAAAG